GCAGGAAUGUGUGCUCUGGUUGGUGGACAGGAUCAGAUGUCACCAACUGUGAAGGGCUGCUAUAAAGGGCCGAGCUACUAGCUGUCACCCAGAAUAGAUAUCAGCUUUUCAACAGCACACACUGAGGACGAGGUUGGUAGAGUCUGCCCGCCAUUUUAGUUACCGACAGAGUUUUCUCUCUUGGUAAUUUUACUUUGUGAAUCGGGACGCUUACUGGUCGAACUUAAGCAAGCUUUUUCAUUAUGGACAUCCAGAGAACAGGAUCUAUGGUUCGUCCCCCGAGCCCCAUGGAUAGCCUGGAGAAGCAGCUGAGCUGCCCUAUCUGCCUGGAAAUGUUCACCAAGCCGGUGGUCAUCCUGCCCUGCCAGCACAACCUGUGUCGCGGUUGUGCCAGCGACCUGUACGACUCACGAAACCCAUACCGCUUCUCUGGAGGAGUCUUUCGCUGUCCUACCUGCCGCUUUGAGGUUGUGCUUGACCGCCAUGGUGUACACGGGCUCCAACGCAACCUGCUGGUAGAAAAUAUCAUCGACAUCUAUAAGCAGCAGCAGGAAGGUAACAACAGCGGAACCACGGAACCAACCCUAAAGCCUAAAGAAUCCAAAGAGCCGAUGUGCCAGGAACACGAGGAUGAGAAAAUCAACAUCUAUUGCAUGACCUGCCAGGUUCCCACCUGCUCCAUGUGCAAAGUGUUUGGUCAGCACAAAGACUGUGAAGUGGCACCUAUACCAAGUGUUUAUCAGGCCCAGAAAGGGGAACUGAGUAAUGCUAUUGAUACCCUGGUCGCCAGCAAUAGCCGCCUGCAGGCCCUGCUCAAUCAGAUGGAAGAUUCCUGCCGUGUAGUGAUGGAGAAUGCUCAGCGUGCUAAGCAAGGGCUAGGUGAACGCUUCGACCUGCUUUAUGCUGUACUGGAAGAGCGCAAGACCAUUCUGCUGGAGCAGGUUGGUAAAGAGCAAGAUGAAAAGGUGGCAGCUCUGCGGGCCCUGGCUCAACGUUACGUCGAACGCCUGCAGACCAGUUCAGAGCUCACAGACACGGCUGUGAGGGCGUUGGAGCAGGGUAGUGCUGCUGAGUUUCUGUUAGCCUCCAAGGGCCUCAUCACACAGACCAAGGACGCAUCCAAGCACGCUCUGGGCGAGGAGAGGCCAGAGCCAGGCUAUGAGAAGAUGGACCACUUCACUUUGUCUACAGAGCAUGUUGAAGCUGUCCUGGCGAAAAUGGACUUUGGAGGAGGUGAUGCAGAUGAAUUUGAAGAUGCAGAAGAUGAGGAGGAGGAGGAAUAAUGAAAUCCAACUGGUCAUGGACUCUUUGAAGGUUGUGUGUUCGACAGAGACUCUGUUUAAUGUCAAAAAUAUUAUAAGGUUAAGGGAUGGGCUAAAAUAGCUUGGCCUUACUUUCAGUGCAAUAUUUAAUGUUAAUGUUGUACCUUUUCUUAAUGUCUUUUUAUACUUUUGUACUUUAAGUCGUUGAAAUGAAAAAAAGAUCUUCAUAUGAGUGUAAAUUCAGGAUAUUGGAUGAUUGCUAACACAUCAUUAUCCUCAUAGUUAGCUUAUGGAAACAGUCAUUUGUAUUUUUCUCACUUUGUUUUAGUUUGAGUUGAAUCUGUGAUCAGUUGAUCUGCCUGUAAUCACCAAAUCUGUCUUUAAAGAAAUGUGGAAUAAAGCUGCAUGAAGUCAAGAA